CGGUAGCGCCAUGUCGAUGGAGGACCCCUUCUUCGUGGUGAAGGGGGAGGUGCAGAAAGCCGUGAACACCGCCCAGGGGCUCUUCCAGAGGUGGACAGAGCUCUUGCAAGAUCCCUCCAUCGCCACAAGAGAAGAAAUUGACUGGACCACUAAUGAGCUCAGGAACAACUUGCGGAGCAUCGAGUGGGACCUGGAAGACUUGGAUGAAACAAUUAGCAUUGUUGAGGCAAACCCACGGAAAUUCAACCUCGAUGCGACGGAGCUGGGUAUCAGGAAAGCCUUCAUCACGAGCACACGGCAGGUGGUCAGGGAAAUGAAGGAUCAGAUGUCAAACUCCUCCAUGCAAGCACUGGCUGAAAGGAAAAACAGGCAGGCACUCCUGGGAGAAAGCGGGAGUCAGAGUUGGAGCUCUGGACCUGACAAAUACAGCCGUCUGGACCGGGAGCUGCAAUUAGCAAAUUCACACUUCAUUGAGGAGCAGCAAGCUCAACAACAGCUAAUUGUGGAGCAGCAAGAUGAGCAGUUGGAGCUGGUCUCUGGCAGCAUCGGGGUGCUGAAGAACAUGUCCCAGCGCAUUGGUGGGGAGCUGGAGGAGCAGGCAGUGAUGCUGGAUGACUUCUCCCACGAGUUAGACAGCACUCAGUCGCGGCUUGAUAACGUCAUGAAGAAGCUCGCCAAAGUGUCUCACAUGACGAGCGACCGACGGCAGUGGUGUGCAAUUAUCGUCCUCUUCGUCAUCUUGCUGGUGGUGCUCAUCCUGUUUUUCGUCCUGUGAUGGACUGAACUUCCUCGGACGCCCCCUCCCCGCCCCCUCGCCCCAUAGCACGGGGAAAUGAAACUCUCACUGUUUCCGUCCGCCCACAGAGAUCCCCGGCAAGAAAACCCGCACCCAGCUCUGACCGUUCGCUGAGGACCGCGGCUCGGCUCUGCCGGCGUCUCACCUGGCCCUGGGGAGAGGGGGUGGAGGACUGGAGCUGCCUCCUCUCCCGGUGCGGUGCGAUCUGGCCCUGGGCUCCAGGUCUGGACCUAGGCAGCUGGAGGGGGACUUGACCCCUGCGCUUCCACCCGGUGCAGGUAGGAGCCAGUUGCAGCGGUCCCAAGCCGCCUGCGGUCAGAUGCGGACACAAAGCAGCGAGCCCUGGGGAGGACGGGAUGGGGU